AUGUUUAUGACAUUACAAACUGAAGCAGUUCCAGGAGCAGGUAGAUUAAUUACAAUUAGAACAGUGAAACUUGAAACAUCACAUGAAUACCAAGCCGAUCUAGAUGACAGAGUGAUGCGUACCGAUACUCGCAACUUUUGGAAGAGAAUGCAGAGCAAUGACAGCGAUAUUCUCGAAUCAAUAGUGUCUGAUCCAUCAGUCAUAGCCAUGAUUGACAAGGUUGCAGUGUUUUAUCCUCCCAUUUUAGAGAAUACAGAGGAUCCAGAUGAAUACCAUGCCGUCGUAUUCAAUACGUUGGAAGACUUAUUUGUGGAAUGGGUACGCGAGGCUAUACGUCCUCAAUUUACCUAUAGUAUUGAUGCCGUCAUUGCAAAUUAUUAG